AUGGCCCGCCACUACAAUUUUGGAGUCGAGAUCGAGGCCGUCGUCAAGCCCUAUGGCGGCGGUGACUCCUUCACAAACGUCGACUGGUAUCGUCAAUUGGCCCAGAAGCUCCGGAACCGCGGCAUCGACGCCGUCCACGACGACAACUCGAGGUAUAGCAAGCAUCCCGAAUACUAUGGUGGAAAGUGGUUCGUGACGCGCGAUGGUUCGCUCAAGCGCGAGAGACCCAUGGUCUGCAUGGAGGUGGUCUCCCCCCGAUUGGACACGACCCUGCAUGUGAGCAACAUCCUCUCCGACUUCUGGGAGGCGAUGCGCGUCCACUUCAACCCGCAAAAGGACACCUCGUGUGGCGGCCACGUCCACGUCACCCCGGUCAGCCUCAACAACAAGUUCUCGCUCAAGUCGCUCAAGAAGAUCGCUUUUGCCACCGUCGUCUACGAGGACUUUGUCGCCGCCCUCCUGCCCCCCGUGCGUCGCAACAACAAGUACUGUCAGGCCAACAGCCGCAGCCUUGACUCGGGCCUCAAUGAGGUCCUGGCAUGGGGAAGGUCGGCAUCUUCGCUGGCCCGCGUCGCCUCCGACAUCUACAGCUGCGCCAACGAGGUUGAACUCUGGAUGUACAUGCAGGGCAACCGCUACGUUCUCUGGAACUUCCAGAACAUCUUCCCCAACCCCAAGACGGGCCGUUGCACCGGUACCGUCGAGUUCCGCGGCGGCAACCAGUUCCUCAGCACCAACGGCACCCUUGCCUGGGUCGCCUUCGUCCUCGGCUUCAUCACGCUUGCACAACAAGAGGACCUUAUCAGAAACUUCACGUCGUCGAUAUACGUCGACUCCUCGGAUCCCAAGUUCCAGAAACGCAUGGGAGAGUGGUGGAACCGUCUCCGCAAAGCGUCCAAGAAGUCGAAUCUGAGUCGUUAUCUCCCAGAGGACUACGACAAGAUGAAGACGAAGUAG